AGGAAUCAGAACGGCAAAGCAGGAGCUCUAGGAAGGAAAACCCGUCCACGAAAGCCAACGCUCUCCACCAACGAGAAGGUCUUCACCAUGAGGCAGUCAUCCAUGUCGGUCAUCUUCGCCGCCGCGCUCAUGUUCCAGAGCUACGAGCUGUCGGGCGCUCUACCCAUGAGCAAGGCAGACGACGCCUCGCUGGAGCAGGACGUGUUCGCGUCGCUGCUGAGCGACAAGGCGCUGGAGAACGGCCUCGGCGACACAGACCUGGGCACGGACGGGAAGACGAGCGGCCAGAGGGUCAUCGUCAUCGCCACCCCGAGCCUGUGGAGAGACCUGCGGGCGCUGAGCGCCGGAGUUCCGCUCUACAAGCGCAGAGCCGACUUCAGCAGCCAGCUGGGCGAGCACAGCGACGCCAGCCAGGACCUGAACAUCCCCAUCUCCGUCCAGAGGAGGGACAACAUGAGGUGCAUGGUGGGACGGGUGUACCGGCCGUGCUGGGAAGUCUAGGACACUUCACACUUCACACGACUCACACUGAGUUGUAACGUCAUCAUCUGAAAUCCUGUGUAUCUAUAUUUAAAUUAUUGCA